CUAAUACGAGGUUCAAGAAUGAAAACCAUAUCCGGGUUUGUAGAACCCACACUCGCAUAUGUCACACCAGCCUCAUGUUUGGCAUUACAUGCUGGUCCCUGUGGCGGACCAGAAAUGACCGAGUCUUUGCAGGCAAGGUGGUUUCAGCUGAAGCUUUCCUACAGCGCGUCCGUGCGUGGAUUAAUGUAGUGCAGACAGCCAUGGACAAUGACAAGGCCAUCCAUCAGCAUUGUCUACCUGCUAGAACGGAGGAGCUGAUCUCGUGGAAGCCGCCUCCUGCCGAGUGGGUUACUCUCAACACAGACGGCUUCGUCCUCCCUAAUUCAGGCCAUGCAACUGCUGGUGGCUUGAUAAGAGAUCAUCUAGGACGCUACUUUGCGGCGUUCGCCAUGAACCUCGGGGUAUGUUCCAUUACUCGAGCAGAGUUGAGAGGCGCUGUGGAAGGACUUUAGCUGGCCUGGGAGCUAGGCUACCGUAGGGUCAAUGUUCAACUUGACUCGCGAUGGGCAGUGGAGAUUCUUCAGCGGCAGCAGGGCCAUGAUCAUCACCAUUCAGCAGUCUCCCAUCGCUUCCAGGAGUUAAUUCAGAGGGACUGGGAAGUUUCCCUCACUCAUAUUUAUAGAGAAGGUAAUAAGUGUGCUGACUAUAUUGGUAGUCGGGGUCAUCAGUUGCCGUUGGGCUAUAGCAUGUUUCCUACAACGGACACUACCCUUGUAUCUUGGAAUUUAUAUGACACUUUGGGGCUCUCCGAACCCCGUCUGGUUAUGAAUGAAGGCUGAGAUGCUCUGCAUCCAUUUAUACAAAAAAUUUAUAAAUCCUCUCUCUAUUAUGGGGUCGUUUGGAUGAAUCAAAGUGAUGAGUCAAUGUGCCCCAAUUGACUCAAAAUGAGACAAUUUGAUCAAAUUACCCCGUUUGGAUGCAAAAAGUAAGAAUGAGGCAAUUGGACAUGAGGCAAUUGAAAUUGCUUCAUUAUGGGUCAAUGUCAAUUACUUGGGUGGGAGAGAGGUAAUCUACAUUGCUCCAUUUUGUGGGUCACUUUUCCCAAUAUGACCCCUUUUAUUUAAUUUCCUUUUUCUUUCUUCAUUUCCCAAGAUAGAGAAGGGUAACAAGACAAUUAUGUAAACAUUUACUCAUACAAUUAGCUCAUUUUCUAAAAUGAGAAUUUUGUCUCAAAUUACCUCAUUUUGAGAAUGUCCCGUCCAAACGACCCAUAUGGAAUUGAUCACAUGCAAUUCUAAUCCUAUUCUGCCACCAUUAUGAUAAUAUAUUUUUUGGUUCAAACUCAUUGUAAUAGUAUUAAUAAUGAUGCUUUCAUUAAUAAUUAAUGGGGAAACCCCUUGCAGUAGAAACAUUUGUACCACAUUGCUUAUUUCUUUUUUGUAAGACAAAAAUAUAUACAUUUCUUUUAUAAUUAUUUGAUUUGAAACGACUCCUUCCUAAAAUUACUGAGAAGCCUCGAAUUUUAGAAUUGAGUACCUUCUGUCAGAGAACCUCCAUAAUAUAAUGGGAGGAUUGUGAGCUAACUGAAGUAGAACCCUUGGUGCCAACUGACAUUCUUUCAGAUUAGCUUUGUUAUUUUAGUUAAAAACAUAAAAAUGCAGACAAGCAACGAGCGUGACCAUAUUCAUAACUAAUGCUUUUCCAGUUUAUGUUUGGGUUUCUGUGAGUUCUCGACCAUGAUCAUCAAAUUUGAUCUUUAAUCUUGGAAGUCGUGAUUUAAUAUGGGUACACCAUCUUCCAUCCUUCAAAACGACCUCUAAAUGUUAAGAAACUUGGUACAGAUCUUUUCUUAACAUGCUACAAUUCUGAAAAAUAUAGGCAAAAUAUAGCGUCGUAUAGAAUAUGAUUGACAAAUGAUCUAGUUACAAGCCAAAUUGUCCAAAUCAAUAGAAAUUGUGUUAAGUUCUAGAGUAUGACAAUAUAAACAUUAUAAACCAUAUAUUAUAUGAUCUGUCCAUAAUAUAUGUUCUAGCCUCUCAAUCCGCUCUCACUGAUCGUAUAUAAUAUGAUUUAGACCAAACCACACCCUAGUAUCAACCCUAAUAAAAGUCAAGAGUUACA